UGCCCUACCGACCUUUCUGGCGACUAUGAGUAUCCUCAUCUCAUCGUCCCUGUCAACUCUUCCACCCCUGAUACUGCCUAUGGCUCCCAGCUUUUUGGCACUGUUUCAUCCACUGUGUCGACCAUUUUCAAUUUCGACAUUCCAUCUUCUGACUCCGGCAAGACAUGCAGCCUCAUCUUCUUAUUCCCUAAUAAGGAGGACCUCCAGACCUCUGACUACACCUUCAGCGGUGACGGCAAGAUUGACUUCUCUCAGCUUAGCUCUGCUGCUGACUUGAAGACCACCUACAACAAUGCACCAUCCGUCAAGCAAGACUAUGGGCAGCUCACGGUCUCUCCUGGCAACUCUUAUUUGGUUGCCUCGUUCUCAUGCCCGGCUGGUCAAACCGUUGCUUAUGAGAUGAAGGGCACGGGUAGCACCUACCUCAAUUUCUUUGAAGACUACAACCCAUCUCCGUGA